GGUGUUAUUGUACUUUUUGAUGCUUUUAUUUACAGUGAAUAAAACCGACAGUUCCUAUUAGUGUUGCAUUGGGGGCAGUGACAGGAACAGGACAUGACCUGCAGAACGAUGCUGAAGGUGGAUGUGGCUAUUUCCUGGGUGCCGCUCGUACCCGUGUCAAACUCGGUUCGUGUCCAACUCGCUUGAGCCUCGGUGGAAAGGAGCAGUUGGCUCGACUCGAGUCAGCGGCACCGGAUAGACCCCGUCUGUCCGAGCACCAGCGAGCCACAGCCGACUCGACCUGAAGGUUUUGACGGUGUUGGAUUGAUGGGGUCCAAGCGGGGCGACAAAGUGAUGGUCUAAGGACUCGCAGUCACAGAGGUGCUUGGCGCGUGGAAUGUUGCGCUGGUCGGUGCACCUAGAAGGAGGGCCGCGGAGAGUCAACCAUGCUGCUGUGGCGGUGGGGCACAAAGUGUACUCCUUUGGAGGCUACUGCUCUGGGGAGGACUACGAGACACUCCGUCAGAUCGACGUGCACGUCUUCAACACAGUGUCUUUGCGCUGGAUGAAGCUGCCUCCAGUGAGGACGGGAGGACACGAGCGUGCCUGUGAAGUGCCGUACAUGCGUUAUGGCCACACCGCUGUGCUGCUGGAUGACACUAUCUACCUCUGGGGUGGGCGCAACGACACUGAGGGGGCCUGCAAUGUGCUUUACGCCUUUGAUGUCAACAGCCACAGAUGGUUCACACCCAAGAUUUCAGGGACUGUUCCAGGGGCAAGGGAUGGCCACUCAGCCUGCGUCCUGCGGAAGGCAAUGUAUAUAUUUGGAGGAUAUGAACAGCUGGCUGACUGCUUCUCCAAUGACAUCCACAAGCUGGACACCACCUGCAUGGUUUGGUCAUUAAUCAAUGCCAGAGGCACUCCGGCACGCUGGAGAGACUUCCACUCUGCCACCAUCAUCGGGACAAAGAUGUUUGUGUUCGGAGGUCGAGCCGACCGCUUCGGUCCCUUCCACUCCGACAACGAGAUCUACUGCAACAAGAUCAAAGUUUUCGACACGGACACCAACUGCUGGCUGAGCAGCCCUUCAACGCAGCCGUUGCCAGAGGGACGCAGGAGCCAUUCGGCCUUUUCCUACAAAGGAGAGCUCUACAUAUUUGGAGGAUACAAUGCUCGCCUGGACCAGCACUUCAACGACCUCUGGAAAUUCAAUCCAGAAGCCUUUUCCUGGAAGAAAGUGGAACCGCAGGGGAAAGGCCCUUGUCCACGGAGACGGCAGUGCUGUUGUAUGGUGGGAGAUCGAAUCAUUCUCUUUGGAGGAACGAGUCCCUGUCCAGAGCAAGGAAUGGGGGAUGAAUUUAACCUCAUGGAUCAUUCAGACCUGUAUAUCUUAGACUUCAGCCCUAAUUUGAAGACAUUAUGCAAAAUAGCUGUUAUUCAGUACAGUCUGGAGCAGUCGGGACUCCCACACGAUAUCAGGUGGGAACUGGCAGCCAUGACCACCAACAGUAACAUCAGCAGGCCCAUCUUCUCCUCCCACGGCUGAUGAUGCUACUGAAUGUGAAGCAGAACCAGAGCUCUGUUUCAGGACACCGGGCUGUUCUCUUUCUAAUCAACUGAGACUGGGACUGUUUUUUUUCUUUCUGUAUUGGAUUUAUUUUCCACAUUCUUCGAGUGAAACUCAUUUACUGACCAAUAUAAUCCUGCCUCUGACUUCCUUGGGCGCCAUGAGCUUCCUCACGUCCAAGGAGAUUUUAACCCUCGAAGACGGUGGUCGUGUGAGACAGAAACCGCUGACACCUGUUCACCCUCUUUCUCCUCUUUUCUAGCCUCUCUAGAAAUCCAAUCAGCCUCUGAUAAUCAUGGACUUCAGAUCUUAAGCACAGGAAGAGACAUGAACUUCAGCUAAAGGUCUUGAGAGCGAACCUCCUUGGCGAGGAUGUCACACUCGACAGAGCUCCCCUGAAGAAACAAACGUGAGCCUUCUGUUCCAGACAUACAGUAAAGAGACUGAGGGGGUCAGGAGUUUGUAUAUCUCGCAGUUUUAACUUGGUCCUAAAAUCGUGUAAAACUACCAUGUCUAUUUAUGGCAUAAGUUAUUAUUGUUCAGGCUAACCGUACUACUUAGGUGUUAAAUGCAAGGAGAAAAUAUUUGGUACCACAACGUUGGGGUAGAAGGCUUAUAUGGAAGGUUCAGUUUGAGUUUUCAAUGCUUGGCUUUCUUCAUCCUAACUCGGCGGCCCACCCCCUUCUUAAGUGUCUCAAACGGGACUUGCAAGGCGGCUCGUCAGUCUUGCAAAAAUAAUCGAGUCCAUCUACCUCCGUCAAUAGAUCACCACGUGUCAUCGAGUCUUUAAUGAGGCGUCCGACAGAUUGAACAAUCUACAGUACUUUCUACCAGAAGAAGAAAAAAGCCUUUUCACAGGGAAUUUUGUGUUACCAACCCCCCGUUCCUGUAGUUUUGUUUUUUUUCUGUGCCAAAAUGUGGAAGAGAAUCACGAUGCAAAUACACACUGUGUACGUGUACAUCUACAAUGUAAUCCUAGCCCAUUGCUGUCAGGGAGAUCGCCUCUUAUAUGCAUAAUGUAAUUGUUCCUCUUGUAGACAAUCCUACAGCGUUCGGAGUCUCUCUGCGUGACCCACAUCUCCAGAGUGCAGGUGAAAAAACGCAAGGCACGCCCGCGUGUUUGUGUACGACUACGAGCGAGGCCACACCUGAGCAGACGACGUGAAUGCAUAAGGGCUGUUAUUAGAUCACACACUCGCCACAGAGCUCGGAAAUAACUUGGAAUCGCUUCAAUCAAGGUUGUUUAUUCAGGUUUGCGUUUGUACCAAUUACAAAUUUUAGAGCAAAACUUCUUUUUAUGACUUUUAUGUCAGACCACUUUAAUGAAAGGAUAAGCUUGAUGAUAUUCAGUAUUUUUGAUUCUGUCAACAACAGCAGCUGGGCUCCGCAGCUUUACUCAAUCAAGUGUUACUCAAUCAGGAGUAAAGAUGAAUUGUUGGGGAAUCUUUUCAGCCAAUCGUGUAUCUAGAGCUGACUCAAAUCAAUUCCUUCAUUGUUGGGAAGAAACAAAUGCAAAUCUUUGACUCAUAUAUGUUUGUUUUUAAUAGUUUCUGUCUAACGCCGAAAGCUGACACCAGGCUGUGGAUUCAUCAAUUGUUGAUUUUGGUCUUUGUUGACAAUAAGAAGAUAUAGAAUAUCACCAGACAUAUUCUUUCAGUCUUAUAAAUAAGGAUAAUAGCUAAUAAAACGAGGAUGCAUAUUCUGCCUUCUUAUUUUAACAUUAGUACUACUACAAAGCCCUAAACCUUUGCAAAACUAAGAUGUGAACAGGAACCAUGUUACCACACACUUGUGAGCUGCAUCGAUGCGGUUCAGUGCUGGUCUUUGGGGCCGAGUGUGCUGCUGCUUUCUGUUCUGCCCAGUGGUUAAAUUUGAACUGGGUCAGUCUGUCCCCCAUCGGCUUGGUAGAAUUUUGACUUGUCUCCCGAUCGGCAGGACUGAAAUAACGUUGACCUACGAAAUAACUGUUUACAAAUCUGUGUAUUUCACGUUAAGCAGUGUAAAAACAAUCUUGAAGUCGCCAGAUAACUGCACUAAAGCCAAAUGUGGCAUGUCAGGCCUUACAGCUAGGAGACGCGUCGUUGCUGCUUUCUGCCUAAAUAGACUCCAGAGUGUGAGACGUCUGCCCGCCCGGACCCAGUCUGAUUUUAUUGAACGACCGGACCGGUCGUGCCGACGUGACCCAGCGACUCUUACGCUCUUCUGCACUGCACACGCAAAUGGACAUAUCACACACGUGAAACCCCUCAGUAACCCAGUUGCUUGGACUAUACAACAGGUAAUGCAGUAAAACCACAGGGAAGCUAACAGGUGUAUAUAUACAUAUAUACAAAAAACAACUUCUGGUGAACAAAUCAAACUGUUUGUGACACCAAAUGGUCGUCGGUCAAACUGAUGAUAUCUGUUCAUUUGUAAUGUGUGGUGUGGGAGUCAUUUCUUUUCUUUUUUUUAAUUUCAGGAUUUGGGUCUUUUUUGUUGUUGCUUGAAGAUUAUGGGUGAUGGUAUUUUAAGUCAAGAACCUUUCUAGGAAUAUGAUAUCAAGUAAGUGACAAUGUCAAUUACUAGGGUCAUAAAUAAAAUACCUGCAUUAAAAAAAAAAACGAAUCCUCAGUGAUGGUCACUCACUUACUGCCAGUAAGGCCAUGUGUUCGUGGCAUUACAUUUUCAGUGGCACUGAUGUAAAACCACACGCGUUUUCUGCGGCUCCUCUCUCACGUCGCGUUCAACUCUGUGGGAAGGUUGGUUUUUUUUUGCAAGAAGUUGUUCAAACCUCCCGGGGGUGACGCGUGCUUUACCAAAAUAAAAGCAUCAUUCGAUCAUAGUGCACAUUCAUAAUAAAGUGAGCAGUAAUUAUUUGCCAAGCAGAAGUCCUAACUGAUUUCAAUGCGAAGGAGUGUAUGCUAUCUGCAAGGACUUACAAUAUGGUGAUGAAUAAUUCAUGAACAACGAUGAAUGCUUGGGGGGGAUCAGAACAAAGUAUGGGGUGUGUUUUGAAUCAGUUUACAACUGUGCAAGCUCCCAAUGCUUUUUUUAAAAAUAUAUAUUUUACUCAUGUUUAGAGGGGACUCUAAAAUCUGUCAAGGUGGGUCAGGACUUCCUGUGCAAUAUGCUUUAUAACUGUAUCAACAAUAAAAAAGACAAUUUGAGUUGUUAACAUCUGGA